AUGUCGGUCUCCAGGAGUAUUCCUGCAAAUGAAGUUGUCCGUUGCCAUCGUCCUCUUGUGUUCCUUGCUGAAUGGGACUCAAGGAGUGUGGACACCAGCCCUGGUACCACCUUCCAGUGGCAGCUCGGGGGAGGUCAGAUAAACCUCAAUGUCAACGCUGCUGUCUACGACAUCGAUCUGACAGAGGCUAAAGACUCCGACAUCAGCACCUUGCACAGUCGGGGUCGCAAGGUUAUCUGCUAUUUCUCAGCGGGAACCUGGGAAGAUUACCGCCAUGACGUCAGCGGUCUUCCACAAUCUGUCCUCGGCAACCGACUGGAGAACUGGCCCCAUGAGCGGUACUGGGACAUUCGAGCCCAGGCAGUGCGUGACGUCAUCAGAGGCCGGCUGGACCUGGCCAAGCAGCGAGGCUGCGAUGCCGUGGAUCCGGACAACGUCGACAGUUAUGCCAACAACAACGGCCUGCGGCUGACACGGACAGACCAGCUGUUCUUCAACAAAUGGCUGGCUGGGGAGGCUCACACUCGCGGACUGUCCGUGGGGCUCAAGAACGCCGUGGACUUGGUCCAGGAACUGGAGCCGAGCUUUGACUGGGCUCUCAACGAGGGGUGCGUCCACUACAACGAGUGUGGAGUUUACCAGGCCUUCCUGUCUCACAACAAGGCAGUGUUCCACGUGGAGUACGUGGACAACCACAACCAAGGAGCCAGUAAGCGAACCAGCGUCUGCAACAGUCCUCACCGUCCUGUCGGGUUCACCUCCCUCAUCAAGGACUGGGACCUCACUGACUGGUACAUCGCCUGCUGACUGCCAUGAACUUUGGCCGACAUCCAGCUACACGUGUUAACCUUCUGACAUGAUAAUAAAAAUGAUGAGCAAA